ACCAUGAAAUCGUUGACGAUUGUAGUGAUUCUUGCAAUUGUACAAAGUUUAGUUCAAGCUGAUACAUUUUUUAAAAACUCCUUUGACGCCGUGAGAGGAUGCAAACAGUUCGAAAACAUGGUGGACUACAAUGGGCCCCAUGCAUACUUUUCGAUAGCUAGUCUAAGUAACGUUGGAGUUACGAAAACUUCUCAGUACUUUCGACUCGCGCUCGUCGGAGCAAACGGCGCACACAUACGGUUUGGUGAAUCAUUGUAUCCCUAUGAUAAAAACGUGAUAGAGAUUGUGAUCGGUGGCGAUGAGAAUGCCUGGAGCGCAGGCAGAAGGCAGUUUCGUGCGGCAUCGAAUAAGCAUGAAAAUACAUUGCUAGGCAGGGCGCAAACGCCCAACAUUCUUUCGCGCAACCAUCCGACGGUUGUUGUGGUAGAAGUAUUCAAAACUGGCAUGGUGCAGGUCACCAUGGACGGGCAGAAGCAUCCGUUCCUGAGCUUUACGGACAGUAACCAGACUCCGGUGAAAUAUAUGACCUUUACCCGGUGGGGAAGUAAUGUGAUCGCGUUCUACGAUUGCCCGUUGUUGGAAGGCAAUACAAAUUUUAAAUCACUACCAUUCAAUCGUACCGUCGUGUAA